CUCAACGAGCAUAUCCACAAAAUUGCCGAGGAAGAAAAAAUAUUAUAAAAUAAAUCAUUCAAAAGACAUAAUCUUAUCUUAAUGACUGUAUCUUAUCAAGUUGGUCUUUGCUUACAAAAUCAAACGGCUGCAUAAUUUUAGCUGAACAACGAGAACUUUCUGUCAUCUUCUCUGCCCAAUUGUUAGUACCGCUCUGUUUUCUUUACUCCAUUGAUAAAAGUCGAAGUUCGCUUCACCGCGGUGAGAUUUUCCCACUUUUUUGGAUAAGUGUGUCCCAGUACAGAAAUUGGCAAAUGUAUUCCAGGAAUUUGAGUUCCUGAAAAGAGGAGAAAAAGGAGGAAAUGUGGGGAUUUGGGGGCAGAUGUUAUUGGGGAAGAAGGGAAAAGGGUGGGAAAGUAGAGGGGAUAGUGGUGGUAUUCGCAUGGAUGUCGAGCCAGGAGAGGCACGUGAAGAGCUACGUGGAGCUCUACGCUUCUUUGGGAUGGAAUUCACUUGUCUGCCAUUCUGAGUUUCUUAAUAUGUUUUUCCCUGAAAAAGCCACAACUCUAGCAGUUCAUGUUCUCAAUGAACUUGCUCAGGAGCUAAAGAUUAGUCCAUGCCCUGUAGUCCUUGCUUCUUUUUCUGGUGGUCCUAAAACUUGCAUGUACAAGGUCCUUCAGAUAAUUGAUGGAAAGUGUGAAGGACAGGAAAAUCUGGAUGACUUCCGACUGGUUAGAUACUGCAUAUCUGGUCAUAUCUAUGAUUCCAGUCCGGUUGAUUUUACCAGCGAUUUGGGCACAAGAUUUGUUCUUCACCCAACUGUUCUCAAAAUGUCCCAUCCACCACGGUUAGCAUCAUGGAUUGCCCACAGCAUUUCUUCUGGUCUUGAUACCCUCUUUCUCAGCAGAUUUGAAUCACAGCGUGCUGAAUAUUGGCAGACUCUGUACUCUUCUAUUGGCAUGAAGGCUCCCUAUCUCAUUUUUUGCUCUGAAAAUGACGAUCUUGCUCCUUGUGAAGUUAUCUGCAAUUUUACUCAACGAAUUCAAGAGCUUGGGGGUGAUGUUAAGCUGGUGAAGUGGAAAGACUCUCCUCACGUAGGUCAUUUUCGGCAUUAUCCAAUUGAAUACAAAGCUGCCUUGACCGAGCUUCUUGGUAAGGCAGCUAAAGUUUAUUCUCUGCGAACAACUCGACUUGAUGGAGAAAGGAUGGGCAUGGAGGGAACAGGGGAUGAGAUCCCCGAGCCAAUCUAUGGUGACCUCAGGAAAGCAGCAACAAAGAACUCGAAUAGCUUACGCGAAGUUGCUACCAGACCAAGUGACAAUUACUUCUUACCCACUUCGAUGGAGUAUUGCAAUGGCAAAGGUGUUGGUUCAAUGCAAGAUGAACAUAAGCAAGGUUUGAUCCAUCUGCAUAGUCUACCAAGCAUUAGUGUUCAUGGUGUCCUUGGUCAAAUGCUUUUUGAUGUUUGUAUUCCCAAGAAUGUCGAAGAUUGGGAUCUCAAAUCAAGUCCUUCAAAUGGUCAUUGGUUUCUUCCCACAAAGAAGAAUGCUCCUUUUAAUCCCAUCAAAUGCAUGCGUCGCUCUAGACUUUAAUCUCUCGAUGACAGGUUCACCCUUUUAUGAAUGAAGCUGAUCUUUGGUCCAAGA